AUGGCCGACAGCAACCCCGGUAACUUUGCCAACCGCCCCAAGGAGGAGGUCCAGGACAUUGCCUCCAAGGGCGGUCAGGCCAGCCACGCUGGUGGUUUCGCCAGCAUGGACACCGACAAGCAGAAGGACAUUGCGUCCGAGGGAGGCAAGGCUUCAUCCGGUUCGUUCGAGCCAGGCAGCGAGAAAGCCAAGGAGGCUGGCCGCAAGGGUGGAUUGAGCUCCUAG